AUGAGGCCACACGUCCUCGCAUUCCUCGCCGGGCUCGCGACCCUCGGCCGGGCACAGUCUCUCGGAGAACGUGAUCCUGACAAGGAGGGGACCACCUUCAAUGGACUCUCUGUCCCGCCGCUGCUGGAGCUGACGCCCGCCAAUUGGGACAAGGAGAUCAAGCAGUCGCGGUGGAUGCUGGUUAAGCACUACAGUCCGUACUGCCCUCACUGCAUGGACUUUGCUCCCACGUACCAGACCCUCUACGAGUACUACUACACGUCGAAACCGGCCGAAGACACUACCUUCAUCAAGUACUACGACUUCCGCUUCGCUACCAUUAACUGUGUCGCCUACUCCGAUCUCUGCCAGGAGCACGACGUCCAAUCCUACCCGACGACCGUCCUGUACGAGAAUGGAGUCAGCAGCGAAUUCGUCCGGGGCGCCAAGGACAUGCAGGAAGUCAGCCAGAUUGUCGAACACGCCCUCGAGAAGACGAAGCCUGGGUCGUGGCCCAAGGACGCCGUUCUGCCCAAGCCCGGCGACACCGUGGCCCCCAAGCCUGGCAGCGGCAAGAAGGCAUCGGAGGAGCUGGUUGAUCCUGCCAAGAAGCCGUCUGAUAAGUCGACCGAAAAGGACGACAAGGCCAAGGCUGCCGGCACCGAAAAGUCGAGCCCGGCCUUUGGCAGCGACUGGAAGGUCUCCACCUCGGGCGACAAGGAGAAGGCCAAGGAGAAGCAACCCAAGAAGCCCGUGGCCACACACAACCCUGACGGCGCCUCGGUGGCUCUGACGGCAGAGAGCUUCCAGAAGCUCGUGACUCUGAGCCAGGACCCGUGGCUCAUCAAGUUUUAUGCCCCUUGGUGCCCGCAUUGCCAAGCCAUGGCUCCCACCUGGCAGCAGCUCGCCAAAACUAUGCGUGGCAAGCUCAAUGUCGGCGAGGUCAACUGCGAUAAGGAAUCGCGCCUGUGCAAGGAUGUCGGAGCGCGAGCGUAUCCGACCAUCAUGUUCUUCAAGGGCGCCGACCGCGCCGAGUACACCGGGCUUCGGGGCCUGGGCGACUUUGUCCAGUACGCCGAGAAGGCGGUUGACCUAGCCAGCGGCGUCCCCGACGUCGAUGCCGAGUCGUUCAAGGAGCUCGAGCAAAAGGAAGAAGUCAUUUUCGUCUACUUCUACGACCACGCCACGACGAGUGAGGAUUUCAGGGCGCUCGAGAGAAUGCCCCUGGGCCUCAUCGGCCACGCCAAGCUCGUCAAGACCAAGGACCCCAAGAUGUACAGCAGGUUCAAGAUUACGACCUGGCCCAGACUGCUGGUUUCGCGCGAGGGCCGCCCGACAUAUUACGCGCCCCUGACACCUAACGAGAUGCGAGACGUCAACGGCGUGCUCGACUGGAUGAGGUCCGUGUGGCUGCCUCUCGUCCCCGAGCUGACCCCGUCCAACGCGCGCCAAAUCAUGGACGGCAAGAUUGUGGCUCUGGGUAUCCUCAACCACAAGGACAAGGACGCCUUUGCGACGUCGCUACGGGAAAUGAAGAGCGCGGCGAACGAGUGGAUGGACAGGCAGAUCCAGGAGUUCCAGCUUGAGAGGAAGAAGCUCCGCGACUCGAAGCAGAUGAGGAUCGAGGAAGCGGAAGACCGGGGCGACCAACGGGCGUUGCGAGCAGCCAAGGCUAUUCGCAUCGACAUGGGCAGCGCCGGCCGUAAGGAGGUGGCGUUCGCCUGGGUUGACGGCACGUACUGGCAGCGCUGGAUCCGCACCACCUAUGGCAUUGACGUCAAGGAUGGCGAGCGCAUCAUCAUCAACGACGAAGACAACCGGAGAUACUGGGACAACACGGUCACGGGCAACUACAUUCUCGUCAGCCGGACGUCCAUCAUGGAGACGCUCGACAAGAUCGUCUACGGCCCCCACGUCAUCAAGCACAAGCUCACCGUUUCGGCCAUUGAAAAGGUCUUUUUCGAUAUGCGGGUGGCCUUCUCGGAGCACCCCUACCUGUCGUUUGGCUGCGUGGCGGGCAUCGCGUUCGGCCUGUACUCUUGGCUGCGGGGCCGUAGCCGCAGACGCGGCGGCCACUUCCGACUGGACGACACCAUGGGCAUCAAAGAGCUCAAGGACGGCCUGCUGGGAGUCAAUGGUAAUCAGAAGGCGGAUUGA